AUGGAUCCCGUCCGGCCACCAUUCAGGGGCCCUGCCCCGGUCCACCCGUCUCAAUGUGUCCGGAUGCCAGGCUGUUGGCCACAAGCUCCGAAACCCCUGGACCCCGCCCUGGGCAGGGCAGGACCUGUAGGCCGAGGCCACAUGUUUGCAAAGCCAGAGGAAGCGGGCACACAGGGUGGACCGGCACAGAGGGAGUCUGUGGGUUUAGUCUCCAUGUUCCGUGGCCUGGGCCUUGAAACGGCGUCCCGGACGUCUCCGAAACGGGAGCUGCCUCCUUCAGGAAGAGGCAUUUUAGGUCGAGGCUUGUCCGCUAGCUUGUUACGCAAGGAGAAAGAGGAACCCCGUCUGACUUUUCCGGAUCCUUCAGUGUUGGCAGCUGGGGAUAGCAAGAUGGCAGAAGCUUCUGUUGGUUGGAAUAGAAUGCUUGGAAGAGGGAGUUCGGACGCGUCUUUAUUACCACUGGGAAGAGCGGCUGGUGGAAUGGGCAGGGCAGUGGAAAAGCCUCCCAGCCUGUUCGGCCCAGCCUCCCGGAAUCCCCCACGGCUGUCCCCACCUUCACCUCUGCCCCAGUCUUCACUGCACUUUCCGGAACGCCCCCUGGUCCUGACUGCAGAACCCAAGGAAAAAGAGAUUUUUGUGAAGCAGGGAUCAAAGGGAACUCCUCAGUCUUUGGGGUUGAACCUCAUCAAAAUACAGUGUCAUAACGAAGCCGUCUAUCAGUAUCACGUGACUUUCAGCCCCAAUGUAGAGUGCAAAAGCAUGAGGUUUGGCAUGCUGAAGGACCAUCAGGCUGUCACCGGGAACGUCACUGCUUUUGAUGGAUCCAUUCUCUAUCUGCCCGUUAAGCUUCAGCAGGUUCUUGAGUUAAAAAGCCAAAGGAAAACCGAUGACGCCGAGAUCAGCAUUAAGAUUCAGUUGACAAAGAUCCUGGAGCCCUGCUCUGAUCUGUGCAUUCCUUUCUACAACGUUGUUUUCCGUCGGGUAAUGAAGCUUCUGGAUAUGAAGCUUGUAGGGAGGAACUUCUACGACCCCACGAGUGCGAUGGUACUGCAGCAGCACAGAUUGCAGAUCUGGCCAGGCUAUGCAGCUAGCAUCCGGAGGACGGAUGGAGGCCUUUUCCUGCUGGCUGAUGUCUCCCACAAGGUUAUUCGGAAUGAUUCCGUGCUGGAUGUCAUGCAUGCCAUGUAUCAGCAGAACAAGGAGAACUUCCAGGAUGAGUGUAGUAAGCUGCUGGUGGGCAAUAUCGUUAUCACCCGAUACAACAAUCGUACCUAUCGCAUUGAUGAUGUGGAUUGGAAUAAGACUCCCAAAGAUAGCUUCACGAUGUCUGACGGCAAGGAGAUCACGUUCUUGGAGUACUACAGCAAAAACUACGGGAUCACGGUGAAGGAAGAGGACCAGCCACUGCUGAUUCACAGGCCCAGUGAGAGACAGAAUAACCAUGGCAUGCUACUGAAAGGUGAAAUCUUGCUGCUGCCCGAGCUUUCCUUCAUGACUGGAAUCCCAGAAAAGAUGAAGAAGGACUUCAGAGCCAUGAAGGAUUUGACCCAGCAGAUCAACCUGAGCCCAAAGCAGCACCACAAUGCUUUAGAAUGCUUGCUGCAGAGAAUUUCGAAGAAUGAGACAGCCAACAGUGAGCUGACACGCUGGGGGCUCUGUCUUCAAAAGGAUGUGCAUAAGAUUGAAGGGCGUGUUCUACCCAUGGAAAGAAUUAAUUUAAGAAAUACUUCAUUUAUCACAUCCCAGGAUCUAAACUGGAUUAAGGAAGUAACCAGAGACCUUUCCAUCUUGACUAUCCCCAUGCAUUUCUGGGCACUUUUUUACCCAAAGAGAGCAACGGAUCAGGCUCGAGAACUGGUUAACAUGUUAGAGAAGAUAGCCGGCCCCAUUGGCAUGCGCAUGAGCCCUCCUGCUUGGGUUGAACUGAAGGAUGACCGAAUCGAGACUUACGUCAGAACCAUCCAGUCCAUGCUGGGAGUAGAGGGGAAGAUCCAGAUGGUUGUGUGCAUCAUCAUGGGCACCCGUGAUGACCUCUACGGGGCCAUCAAGAAGCUGUGCUGUGUGCAGUCCCCCGUGCCCUCACAGGUCAUCAAUGUCCGGACCAUCGGCCAGCCCACCAGGCUUCGGAGUGUGGCCCAGAAAAUUUUACUUCAGAUUAACUGUAAAUUGGGUGGUGAGCUGUGGGGAGUGGAUAUUCCUCUGAAACAGCUGAUGGUGAUUGGCAUGGACGUCUACCACGACCCCAGCAGGGGCAUGCGCUCCGUGGUGGGCUUCGUUGCGAGCAUCAAUCUCACCCUCACAAAGUGGUACUCGCGAGUGGUAUUCCAGAUGCCGCAUCAGGAGAUUGUGGACAGCCUGAAGCUGUGCCUGGUGGGCUCCUUAAAAAAGUUCUAUGAGGUGAACCACUGCCUGCCGGAGAAGAUCGUGGUGUACCGCGAUGGGGUGUCUGACGGGCAGCUGAAGACCGUUGCCAACUACGAGAUUCCUCAGCUGCAGAAGUGCUUUGAGGCUUUCGAGAAUUACCAGCCCAAGAUGGUGGUGUUCGUGGUGCAGAAGAAAAUCAGCACGAACCUGUACCUGGCCGCGGCCGAGCACUUCGUCACGCCCGCCCCUGGCACUGUGGUCGACCACACGAUCACCAGCUGCGAGUGGGUGGACUUCUACCUUCUGGCCCACCAUGUGCGGCAGGGCUGUGGCAUUCCUACACAUUACGUCUGCGUGCUCAACACUGCGAACCUGAGCCCUGACCACAUGCAGAGGUUGACGUUCAAACUGUGCCACAUGUACUGGAAUUGGCCCGGCACCAUCCGAGUCCCAGCUCCUUGCAAAUAUGCCCACAAGCUAGCCUUCCUGUCUGGGCAGAUCCUGCACCAUGAGCCGGCCAUCCAGCUGUGUGAGAACCUGUUCUUCCUGUGA